ACAGCUCCAAACCGAAGAGGACUCGAAUGUGUAUUUAUUUGGACCUUUUGAACCAUGGGAGCUCAUCAGAACCUUGCAGUUCUGGUCAGCGUGGCCUCGUUGCUGCUGAAUGUCCAAUGUGAUGUGGGUUGUAAGGGAACCAACGGACAUCCGGGAGCGGAUGGAACUCCUGGAAGAGAUGGGCUGCCUGGAGUGAAGGGACAGAAGGGAGAGUCAGCUGUGCUGGUCGAUGGUCCCGUGGAUCCAGUCACCCUGUUGGAGCUCAAAGGGGACCAGGGGAGUCCAGGCCUUCCUGGGGUCAUGGGUCCUGUAGGAUAUAAAGGUCAAGUAGGAGCAACUGGUCGUAUUGGACAGCCUGGUCCCCCAGGUCAAGCAGGGAAGAACACCGCCUCUGGACAAGAUCAUUCUAACGAGGCAGCUCAAUAUUCAGCUUUUUCUGUCAUCAGGACUGUGAGCAGCUAUCCAUCCAUCAACCAGAAAAUAACCUUCCAGACUGCUGUGGUCAACAAACCUGGUGAUUUCAACACAAACACAGGUGACUUCACCUGCAGGAUACCUGGGGUUUAUUAUUUCACCUUCCACUCUGUUGCCAAGGCCAGCAUGUGCCUGGGUUUGGCGAGCGACUCGCUGGAAAACAAACUGGUAUUCUGUGACUACAACAACAACAGGCGCUACGAACAGAUGCUGUCAGGUGGAGCAGUCCUACAGCUGACUGCAGGAGAAAGGGUCUGGCUCGAGUCCUUUAAAGAAAUGCAGACAGAAGAUGACAAACAAGACAGCCAAGAAAAACAGAUCAUCUUCAAUGGCUUUCUGCUCUUCUCAAAUCCAGAAUAA